AUGGCGGCCAAUUCGAUGUUAACUUAUAAAUUUUUAGUUAAAAAGAAGAGAAAAUGCAAUUGUUACAGUGGAUGUAACUUGGACAUUCGUAGAUACUUGCAGCAACUUGCUAUGGAAGCUGUCAUUUUUAAAGUUGCGCGCGCUGCCGGAAAGACAAGUGAUGUAGAACAAGGUAUAAUAUAUAUAGAAUAUGUUAAUGAAGAUGAUGAUGAUUUAGGUGAUGUAGAACAAGGUAUAAUAUAUAUAGAAUAUGUUAAUGAAGAUGAUGAUGAUUUAGGUGAUGUAGAACAAGGUAUAAUAUAUAUAGAAUAUGUUAAUAAUGAUGAUGAUGAUGAUUUAGGUGAUGUAGAACAAGGUAUAAUAUAUAUCGAAAAGUAUGUUAAUGAUGAUGAUGAUGAUGAUUUAGGUGAUGUAGAACAAGGUAUAAUAUAUAUAGAAUAUGUUAAUGAUGAUGAUGAUGAUUUAGGUGAUGUAGAACAAGGUAUAUAA